AUGAGUCUGAAAGCAAAGAAGAAAGCUCGGACUUCUUUCGGGGCCACAGCACCGCCCUUCAUUGACUACUUGAAAGAUAUUCUACGUCGAUAUCCAGAUGGCGGACAAAUUUUGAAGGAACUGAUUCAAAAUGCAGAUGAUGCUCAAGCCACAAAAGUGGUUUUCAUCCAUGAUGAGCGAAGCUAUGGGACUGAGAGCCUUUGGACUGAAGAACUGGGAAAAUAUCAAGGUCCUGCUCUCUAUGCCUACAACAAUGCCGCAUUCACUGAGGACGACUGGGGAGGAAUUCAGAUGGCUGGAAGGAGUGUCAAGCGUGACGACCCAAACAAAGUCGGGAGGUUUGGAAUCGGCUUCAACUCUGUUUACCACAUAACAGAUGUGCCAAGUAUAUUCAGUUCAGGCCACCUUGGCAUGAUGGAUCCCCAAGAAAAAGUAUUUGGAGAGAGAAGUGGAGGGUUUCGGUGGUCUUUGGAUGAUUCUGAAGACCAAGAAGUUCUGUUGAAUAUGAGUGAUCAGUUUCAACCAUUUAGAGAUAUAAUCUCACAUGUAUGUGAACAUGGAUGGUCAAAAGUUGUCCUGGAGGAUCAGCACUUCAAUGGGACAAUUUUUAGAUUUCCUUUACGCAAUGAAGCAUCAGAAAUUUCUGAUAAUCUGUAUGACUCGGAUAAAGUGGUUGAGCUUUUUGAUAGCUUCAUUGCAGAUGCAGAUUUGAGCCUCCUCUUCUUGAAAAAUGUCACCUCCGUGUCCUUGUUACAUAUUAGUGAAGAUGGAGCUGUUAACACCAGACUUGAAGUGAAAUCCUCAGUCCCCACAGAUGGUGUUUUGGAGCCAGAAGAGGAGUCAGUCACUGAGGGUCUAACAAGGUUCAAAGUUAUAACUGUGAGUUCAGAAGACCAAAAAGAGACAAAGUGGCUUCUGACAACAUGUACCAUGAAAGAGGGCGUUGCAGAAGAUCUUGAUUUGCUUACAAAGAAGUUGAGCUUUUUACCUCAAGUUGACCUGGCAUUCCCCUGUGGUGAGAAGAGAGACUGUAGCCAGAGCAGACUGAGCUGCUUUCUCCCCCUUCCAAACAAUGAAUCCAAUAAGACAGGACUCCCAGUUUAUGUCAAUGCAUGCUUUGGCCUCACAGACAAUAGAAGACACAUCAAAUGGCAAGAGGAAGACCAGAGACAUGAUGAACAUGCUUUGUGGAAUGAAAUGCUGAUGAAGAAGGUGUUUCCACAAGCAUACAUCAAGAUCAUUCAAGAUGCCAUCAAACUUGCCCAAAAAUCUAUCCUCCCUGUUUCCUCUGUGUACAAUCUGUGGCCAGAUCUCACUCAGAUACAACACAAAGAAAAAUGGCAUGCUCUCACUCUGGAUGUUUUUCAUCACUUAUUCAGACAGAACGUGGCCAUCCUCUCUCUUGCUAAAGAUGAAAGACAGUUUAUCUCUCCAUCAGCAGCUGUUUUCCCCUGCAAUGGCCCAACAAGCACCAAUAUAUUGUCUGGCAUUAAAAGGGCUUUGGUGUCAUCUGGAGAAAAUCUUGUCACUUUACCAGCUAGUGUUGCAAGGGCCAUGAAUGAGGCCUACCCAAACCCUACUACCCUGAAACAUGUGACUCCAGCAUUCCUCAGGGCCAUUCUCCACAGGACCGGUGUGGAUAACAUCACUAAAGAUGACAAACUCAGUCUUUUGGAGUACAUUUUGGGUGAUGAACAAUACAAAGAACUUGAGGGUCUUCACCUCCUUCCACUCAGUGAUGGCUCUUUCAGAGCGUUCACAUACAAAGAGGAAGACACUGCUUUGAUUGACAGCCAUGAAUUUCCGAGAGUCUUGCUGCCAUUCUGCAAACACCUCUUCAUCCCACAUGAUCUGACUCCAGCCUGCAGUGCCCAUCUGAAAGAACUGGCCAGAAGAAAUUUCUUCAAGGUCACCAACAUUGAUGCAUCCCAUGUGGCUGAAUAUGCAAGACGAUAUUUGCCACCAGACUGGAAGCAGACAGGGAAGAACCUUGUUACAUGGGACAACAACAACAGUCAGCAUCCACCUUUAGACUGGUUCCAAGAAUUCUGGAGGUUUCUCAACAGUCAUUUUAAUGAGUUAAGUCCUUUCACUGACAUACCUCUAAUACCAGUUAGUCCUCUGUCUUGCAGUCAGACUGUAUUAGUAGCAAAACUACAGCAGAGCACAACCCUGAUCUUUCAGAAAAGUAAACAGCUGAAUUUACCAGACCAAAUAGCUCAGCUGGUGAACAAAGUUGGUGGCACAGUGGUGAGAGGAAAUGAGUGGCUCAAGCAUGAAGACCUUGACUCGUACGUCCUGUGCCCAUCUCCAAGGAGUGUUUUGAAAGUCCUGAUGAAUUUAGAUUUCCAGCAUCUUAUCACAGAACUCACAUCUACCUCUCACACAGCACGCAAUGAACUGAAAGAUUAUCUUUCUUAUCUGGAUUCUCUCUCAAAAACAGAGAAAGAUUUUCUCUUGAAGUUGCCUUUGUUUCAAACCAUGAAAGGAAAGGAAAGUGUUGCAGCUCAAUCAAAACAAGCUGUGAUUCUGAUCUCAGGCCUAACAGUACCAACAGAGCUCCCUAUGCCUGAUUCCAUAAUCCAGUGUUCUACUGAGACUGACCGCAGACUGUUACAGCUGCUCAAAGUUCAUCUCUUGGACACUGCCAAAGCAGCCAAUGUUCUUGUCGACAGCAUAAGCAAAGGCGCUUGUAGCAGUGAAGACAUUAAUAAGAUAAUGACUUGGAUUUUACAGCAUGGUAAGGUGCUUUUCUCACAAAACGAAUCCCUGAAAUGUAGCUGUAAGGACUUGAGCUUCAUUGAAAUGAAUGGACAGCUGAAAAAAGCCUCUGACUUUUUUGAUCCAAGAAUUCAGACUUUUAAAGUCAUCUUUGAGUCAGACUUCUUUCCACCGCCUUCAUACACUCAUUCACUGCAGAUGCUGGAAAGCUUAACAGAAAUCGGAUUACUGAAUAAAGAGAUAGAUGUCUCACCGGAACAUUUGCUACAUGCUGCCACGCUGACUGACAAACUGUGUGUGAACUCACAAACUGAGGCUCUAAGAAGAGCUCAGGUUCUGUUGGGAAUGUUGGAAAGUAAUGAUUUACUGUCAAAGUUUUCUCACAGACAGCUUCAUUGCCUCAAAAUGUUAAAAUGGAUCCCAUGUGAACAACCUGGAAGUGAAAAACAAUUCAGUGAUAAAUCUCAGAAGUAUUGUUUGUUUUGCCCAAAUGAAAUAAGACAUUCUGUGUAUAAGGACAUUGUUGGACAUGUAAUGCCUCUGGUAGGGAAGCUCAGUGACAGAGUUAGCAACAGCCUUGGUCUCAAAGACCUACCACCACCUGAAAAAGUGAUUGAGAAUCUGUCAGUCUUGAAAUCAAAAGCACUGGAAAUGGCUAAUCCUGACACAGAUGUAGACUUCAAAAGACAGCUGCACAGCAUUUACAAACACAUGCAAGACAAUGUCUCUGUAUUUGUUACAAUGAUGAGCAAGGAGACAUGCUGGCUAUGGACUCACAACCAGUUUGUUGCACCCCAGGAUCUGGUUCUUGAAUACCCAAAUAAUCUAGAUCUGAGUUCUUACAUUGGGAAGGUGCCAAGUGAAUUUUUGCCGUACAGAACAUUGUUCCAGAAAUUUGGCCUGAGAAAAGUACUUUCAAAUGAAGACAUUUUGGGCAUUCUGUACUCCAUCCAGCAAACAAUUGAAGCAAAACAACCGCCAGUUGCAAGUUCCUCUGAGGUCAAAGUGUCAAUAGAAAUUCUCAACUGGCUCUGGAAAGAGAAGAAAACAGUUCAGGAUGACAUCCCAGUGCCAGUUAUUGCUGAGGGAGGAAAAUUUACCCUUAAACCACGAUCAACAGCUCUCUUCUGUGAUGUAAGCAAAAAUGGACUAAAAGAACUAAACUGCAGAGAAGAGGAAAUUUAUGUCAUACAUGAGGAAAUCCCAAAAGCAGCGGCUGAAUGGCUGGAAAUUCGUUUUCUCAGUACCCACAUCCUUGAUCCAGAGGAGAUAGGAAUAGAGCAGUAUGGACAAUCUGAACCAAUGACAAUGAGGAUAAAAAACAUUCUUAAAGAGUACGAUGAAGACAGUGACAUUUUCAAAGAGCUCAUCCAGAAUGCAGAGGAUGCUGGGGCAGAUGUUUGCAAGUUCUUGGUGGAUUUCAGAGUACACCGAGAUGCCCCUGAAAGCCUGAUUGACCCUGACAUGGCUCUUUGUCAGGGACCUUGUCUUUGGGCUUUCAAUAAUGAGCAGUUCACAGCAGAGGAUUGGAAAAAUAUUGUCAGAGUUGGCUCAGCCUCAAAGGAAAACAAAGUGGAAAAAAUUGGAAAGUUUGGACUUGGAUUCAACACUGUGUAUCAUGUGACAGAUGUCCCCUCCAUCCUUAGUGGCAACACUCUUCUCAUACUUGAUCCAAAUGUUACUCAUCUCACAAAGCAUAUCAAACACAAAACAAAUCCUGGAAUCAAGCUGGAUCUCACUCAACAGCGACUCUUUCAUUGUUUUCCUGGUCAGUUUGGAUCAUAUGAAAACAUUUUUGACUGUAAUUUUACCAGAAAAAGUCCUCCUGAUCCCUAUCCAGGAACUCUGAUCAAACUACCUUUCCGAAGUGAAGAAGAGGCUGUCAAAUCAGAUAUAAGCACAAAUGUGUAUCAAAAACACAAUAUCCUUGAUUUUCAACAUCUCUUUUCUAAGAAUUCACAAACCCAUCUGCUUUUUUUAAAGAACAUCAUUACAUUAUCCCUCCAAAAUAUCCCACACAAUGGAUCAACUCCACCAAGAGAAAGUGAAAUAGAGACCAUCUUCUCUGUGUCCAAAACCACUGUGAGUGCAAUGGAGAUUCCUGAUGACAGCAGUGUGUCAAAGUUACGUGAAGCUGAGAAAUCACUGAUGAAACUUGAUGGUAAAUGCAAAGGACUAAUUGAAUCUUGCACAGUCAGAAUUAUCCAAAUAUCCAGUCAGCAGUCUAACGAAACUAAACUUCAGUUCUGGCUCCUGUACAACUGCUUUGGGACAGAUGAGUCCUUUAAAAUGGCCCUUCACAUAAACAAGCAGGCCAGUUUCUCUUUGCCCAUUGGAGGGAUUGCUGUGCCUUUGCAAAAUGAUCCAGAAACUGGAAAAUUCACCACAUUACGAACAGAUCUUGUUGGACAGGCCUUUUGCUUCCUUCCUCUUCCCAUUCACACAGGUCUUCCUGUCAAUGUAAAUGGCACAUUUGCGGUGACAAGCAACCGAAAAGCUCUGUGGGAAACUGGAGUGAAAAAUGACUGGAACAAAGCUCUCCUUCAGGAUCCAGUAGUGACAGCAUAUGUUACUGUACUCAAGGCACUAAAGAAAAUGUCAGAAAAUAAACAGCUGGUGAGUUACUGUUAUCAUACCUUUUGGCCUGAGAGAGAGAAAGUGACUGAAACUUUCAAGCCUUUAGUGGAUGCACUUUACUCAACCAUUGUUGAUGACUCUGUUGAUCUAGAACUCUUUAGUGAUGGAGAACAAUGGUUCUCAAUGAACAAUGCCAUAUUUCUACAUGAGAGCAUUGAAAAUGAUGAAAAGAUUGGUGACCUUGCAGUUCAAGUUUGCAAGAAAUAUGCAAAAGGACCCAAUCAUGUUGUUCCUCUUCCACUGUGGCUGAGAAACAGCUUCAAACAGGCUGGCCUAGAAAAGGUUUUACAAAACAGGACCUGGAACUGGGAGAAGUUCUACAGAGAAGCAGUGUUUAAUAACCUAACUACAAUGGACUCGAAGAGUAGAGAUACCCUUGUGCUGCAUGCUAUUGACCUUCAUAUCAAAGAAAUUGACAGUCUGCUGCUCUGCUAUGCAUGCAUACCCACAAAGGGUGGACAGCUCCAACAUGUCAGGAAACUUGUGAAUCCUACAGGGAAAGUGGCCUGUCUUUUUGAACCAAAAGAGGGACGCUUGCUUGAUGGAUCUGAAAAUGACUUCAGAUCUCCAAAAAGGAUUCAGCGUUUGUUGGAACUCGGUAUGGCAAAUGAUCAUCUCCCAUUGGAAGACAUCACAGAGAAAGCAGGCACAAUUAAUAAAACCUGGAGCAUUGACAAAACGAAAGCAUUUGUGCACUUGAAGUGCCUUUUUGAACUGAUGAAGAAUCACAUUUAUGAUAAAGACUCUCACCACUGGAAAACACUGAGGACAACUGCAUUUCUUCCAGCAUUUUCCCCUGGUGAUGCAAAAAUGGAAGGAAAUGUAACACUUAAAAGGCCCACUGAUGUUUUUAGUGACAAAUGCUCCCUUCUCGUUAACAUGACACAACCAGUGCUGGAUAAUAGUAAUUUGAAAAUACACCACAGUGAUCCAGUCCUAAAGAUCUUGGGCGUGAACAGCACUCCGAAGCCAGAGGUGGUGCUCCAGCAGCUGCAUGAAGGAAGCAAACAAGCACACUCCAUUGACAGAUCCAUGCUUUACAAAAUAGCAUUUGAGUGUUAUAAGUGUCUGGAUCAGUGGAUCUGUGACUCUGGAAAUACCACUUACAUUUCACAACAAGCAAGUUCAUUUCCAUUCAUCCUCAAUGGGGAAACAUUUGUGAAUGUUGACCGUGUAGCUGAGAAUGUGCAAUUUGAAGCAAAGCCCUAUCUCCACGUACUUCCAGCUGCCUUCACAAGCUUCAGGAACCUCUGGACAUGUAUAGGUGUUGAAAAACAAUUCACGAUCACUCAGUUUCUUACUGUGUUGCAGGAAUUACAAGCUCAACAUGGAAACAAGCCCCUACCAAAGAGUGAUCUCUCAGUUGUCUUCACAAUUUUAAACAAAGGGAUAUUUGAGGCCAAAGUCAAAAUCACGGAUGACUGUCUGAUACCCAAUGAGCAUGGAGUUUUGCAGUUUGCUAGUGAGCUAUUUUACAAUGACAGCCCAUGGAUGCCACUCACUUCAGGUGUCACAUUAUGUCACGAGAAUAUCCCACGAGCUAUGGCUCGCCACCUUGGAAUCAAAACAACAAGGCAUCAUUCUCUGGAAACCCACAUAGUUGAUGACAUGUCACCGUUUGCUUUUGACUUUGAACAGCAGGAACAGCUGACUGUUCGUAUUAAAAACAUAAUUUCAGCCUAUCCAUCAAAGAAGGAUAUCCUUAAAGAGCUUAUCCAAAAUGCUGAUGAUGCAGAAGCAACAGAAAUUCACUUCAUCUGGGACAAAAGACAACAUGGGAAAGAAAAAACAUUUGGGAAGAAAUGGAACAAUCUCCAGGGUCCAGCACUUUGUGUGUUCAACAACAAAGUGUUUUCUGAUGCUGACAUUAAGGGAAUUCAACAGCUGGGAGAGGGAGGAAAGCACAACACCCCAGGGAAGAUAGGGAAGUACGGAGUUGGAUUCAACUCUGUUUACCAUCUGACUGACUGUCCUUCGAUCCUUACAGGGGAUGCAGUACUUUGCAUUUCUGACCCCAAUCAAAAAUACAUUGAAAAUCACUCAAAUAACCAACGACAUGGCAUUGGCUAUAAACUAGCUGACACUUUCAAAGAAAUGUAUGUAGAUGUCUACAAAUCAUUUCUUCCAGACAAAUUUUCUCUUAAAGAGGGCACCAUGUUCAGAUUACCUCUGAGAAUGGGUACAAAUGCAAAUACCUCCAAAAUAUCACAGCAAGGAGUCACUGACCACGACAUGAAAGAACUGUGCUCUGCCCUGUCUGAAGAUCCUGAAGGACUAAUUCUCUUUCUGAAAAACAUCUGCAAAAUCACAGUCCAUGAAAUCAGUGAAGAUUCAGGAGGACUUAAAACCAUCUUUGAGGUUGAAAAAAAUCUGCCACAGAAAAGUCAGGACGAGAAAGAAGCUUUUGUAAAACAUCUACAAAAUGCACUGCAAUCAGACAAAUUAGCAACACAAAAGACUUUCUAUGAAACCACAAUUUCCACCUCAGAUAAAAGACAAAGUAAGUGGAUUGUUGCAGAACAGUUUGGCUCCUUCAAAGACAGCUUUGAAUUAAAACUAUCAGACAAACUUCCCCAAGCAUCAUUAGCUGCACGUGUGAACACAAAAGGAUCCAGCGUCAUGGAUUUUAAAGGAGAAGCCUUUUGUUCACUUCCUUUGCCAGGGAAAACUGGACUGCCAGUACAUGUCAAUGGAAACUUUGAGGUUGAUUCUGCCAGGAGAAGCCUUUGGAAAGAAGAUGGGAAGAGUAAGAAAUCAACCUGGAAUGAGAUUUUGAACCAGAACGUCAUUGCUCCACUUUAUGCAGAUCUCCUGCAUCACAUCAGGCGCAGCAUUGCAGUCAAGAAAGUUUCAGUUGCAAGUACUGACUCAUGUUUCAGUACAGAAUACUUGUGUUUUUGGCCAACUGUGUCCAAAGACGUUUGUCCAGACUGGCAUGAAAUGAUACAUGAAGUAUACAGAUCACUGAAAGGAAAAGGCCUUGAUGUAAUCCCUGUGAUGAAGAGCUCAACACGGAAAAUUGCAGAUAAAAAAAUUAAAGAAUACUCUUUUGACUGGUGUAAUGUCAGUGAAACAGACUCUACUAAGUCACUUUAUCUGACAACCUCAGGAAAUUUCAAGCUGAACAACAUUUUGGAAGAUCUUGGAAUGAAGCUGGUUCCUUAUUCCACAAACAUGCAGAGGAUUUGGACAAGUUUCAGAUCUGCUGGGGUUGAAGUGAAAGAGGUCAGUCCCUCCACUGUGCAGACUUUUCUACGAGCAAAACCUCUCAAUGAUCCAACCCAAACAGAUGAGGAUUUGCCUUUACCCAUAAGUGCCACUUUGAUCAAAGAUGAGAAAAGAUGUUCAGAGCUCUUGAGAUUUUGUUUAAAAGUUUUCUCCUCAGAAAAGGUCACCCAGGACAAUGCCAGUUUGCUCGAACGACUUCCGCUUCUUCUCACAAAAGAUAAAGUAUUGACAGUUUUCAACUCCCAGUCGCUCAAGUGGAUAUCAGGAUAUGAAGAUCUCUUCUUUCACUACGAGAACAAAUUUGCAGACUAUCAGACAAACAAAGACCACAUUAAACUUCUUCAAAGUUUAAAACUCAUCCAAAAAAUGACAUUGCCCUGCUCAGAGAAAUAUCUGAAACCAUUAAUUCAGCAUCUUCUUAAGAACUGUGAAGUUGAUCCGCACAGUGGUCUUCAUGUCCCAAAUGAGAAAAUGUUAAAGUGGCUGAAAUCACUUUGGAUGUUCAUAACAAGUGAAAUUAAAGCACCAACAUCUAGAGAUGACGAGUCAAGUCUGACACUAAGUGAUGUGAUGAAAACCUUUAGCGACUGCUACAUUUUACCUGUUGUGUGUCCAAGGUUGAAGAACAAGCACUUGCUGCAAACAACGAAACACAUUUCAAGUGUUGUGUUUGCCUCACAGAAACACAAAAACAUAUCAGGCAUCCUCUUUAAACUUGGUUUUAUGAGUUUUGAUCAUGUUUUCUUCUCUAAGAUGGACCGAGAGGUACGUUCAUGUCUACAGCAUGAGCUUCUCGAUGUAGAUGAUCAAAGCGCAGUGUUGGAUCAAGUGUACAAAAUUAAUCACCCAGAAUUUUCCCACCUUUCAAAUAAUGAUAUGAAGGAGUUUCAGAUGUUCCUGCAAUCGGGAUUAUCCAAGUCCAAAGACAAUCAAGAGUAUGUGAGGAAACUCAAAUCCUUACCAAUAUUUGAAACAACACAUGGUGAACGAGUGAGCAUUGAUGGACCUAAAAAGGUUUAUGUUCUCAACAGCUUUUAUUCAGUAAAAUUUCCAGAUUUGUUCAACCUGCCCAACAUCGACAGCAUUUUUCUCAAGUUCAACUCUGAGAACCACACACUGUCAGAAACACUCAACAUUCAGGUCCUGGAUGAUUUGCAGUAUUUCAUGAAGUUCAUUCUACCUGUUGUACACCAACUCACAGAGACACAGAUUCUUCACAGCCUCAAACUGUUGCUGUCACUACAUUACUCUUCAGAGGACAAGAAAACUAUCAUCUCUUCACUGAAGACAGUGAAACUGAUUCGCAGUUCUCAAGGUAGACUGGAGCCUGCAUCAUACUACUUUGAUGAGAGUGUGGAGCUGUACAAACAAAUGUUGCCCCAGGUAAAAUUUGUUCCUGAGAGAUUUUGGACUGAGAUUUGUGAAGGAAAUGACUACAAAACAGAAAAGGCAAAAGAGCUGGUCAGAGAACUUGGAAUGAAGCAUGUUGUGUCAAACGAUGAGAUAAUAAAUUUUGCAUACCAGCUGGAAUCAGAAGCAAAAGGAAAAGGAAGAAUUGAAGACCUGAAACGGAAAUCAUCAUUAAUUUUCAGGAAAGCCUUGAAUAAAGCAUGUGAUGCCAAAGACAACAAGGAAAGGUUGCUGGAAAGCAUUGCUGACAUCAAAUUCAUUUUUCCAGUGAAUAUUCGAAAAGAACUGUCCAACUACCACCAACCAUUUGCUCCUGAAGGAACAAUGGUUAAAAUUAGAGGCUCUUUGAUUGAAAAAAAUCCAGAACAAGAAGAUUUGAUUUGGUCCUCAAUGUCAAUUAUAGACCUACCAGUUUAUACAACACAGAAACUUAUGCAGAUGAUGAAAAAUGCAGGAGCUCAUGAGGAACCACCUCCAAACUGUGUUGCCAGUAACAUAAGAAACAUCUGUCAGUCACCAUGUGAAACUGACCAGCUGAUCAAAACACGAGCUAAAGUGUUCAGAAGUUCGUACGCUUACCUGCAAGCAAAAAGAUUUGAAGGAAACCAGCUGGCUGGUCUUCCUGUUGUGCUGGUUGAAAAAGACACAAAACUUAUGAGGCCUAAUGACGUGUGUCUGUCGCUCUCCUAUGAUCUGGACUUCAGACCAUAUCUGUACAAGAUUACUCCAGAAGAUGCAAUGUAUGCACCAUUCUUUCAGAAAAUUGGUGUGAAGAACGAAGCUACUGCAGAGCAAUAUUGUAAUGUUUUGGCAGCAGUUUACGCUGAUUCCUGUGAUAAACAAGAACUACAUUCGAACCAGCUGAGAACUGUGAAACGAGCUGUUGAGCAGUUGUUUAAGUCAAUCAGUGCUCAGGGAAAUGAGACACUUCUUGAAAAUGUGGAGACUCUGUAUCUUCCUGCAGUAGAUGGUAAAUUAUACCCAUCAUCCACACUCUGCUACAACGACACAGUGUUUGAGGCCAAAAGGUUGGAAGAAGCGCUGGAGAACCAGUUCCUGCUGCUUGAGAAACUCAGUGAAUGUCAUUUGGGCAACGACAAGUAUGAGCAUCAUCAGCUGUUGCAACUGCUGCCUCAGAAAUUUCAGCCAAAGAUGCUGUCUGAGUUCACAGAGGAAAGAGUUGUGGAAUCAAAGAUACAGCUUUGUGAACUUGGGACUGGCUGUGAAUUUAGUGGAUGGUUUGAUAAACAUCUCUCCUCAGGAACCUUUAAAUAUGGAUUAAUUUGUCUUAUUAGAGAGAAUUCUCAAGGCAAAAUAACACAAGAAGAUGCCACUAAAAUGUGUGAGAAGAUUUUUGGCAGUAUACAGAUUAUCUGCUGCAAAACCUUGGAAACAACACUCUGGCUCGAUAAACAGCCACUUCCCAAAACUGAUGAAGAAACAGAUGUAUCUGUGGAACGAGGGCAACAAGGGUGCACCUUUUACUUAAAGCACAAUGAUGACAUGGCUCUCAAAGUGAUAAAUGAAGUCACCAUGACACUGACAAAGGAGAUUAAUGUUCUUUUAGGAAACAGAAUUGCUUCAAUUCACCUUCCAGUGCUGGGACAACUCCUCAUGUGUGACGAUCUGCAAGAUGUUCGGAAAACUUUGGCUAAAAAUCAGAUCCGUGACAGUGCUGAAACUGCAAGUUCCUCUUUUAGUCCAGCAGCCCCUGGGUCAGAGGUUCCAGAAGAAUGGCAUGAUUGUUUGGACAUGAAUGUCCUCAACAACUUUGAAGAGGGGGAAUAUGUUGGCUACAGCAUUGAUGACAAGUACAUUUAUGCAGUUAUUGUUGAAGAACUGCCUGGUCACAAUGGACGAUAUUCAUGGAGAUACAAAGUACAUAUUGGACAAGAUGAGCCCAUUGAAGUCAGCUGUGUUGAUCUGUUUCAGUUUAAACGAGAGAAAAAGUUAAAACCAGAAGAAAACACUUGCAUGGAGCUGGAACCACUGACAGGAGCUGUGCCACAUUAUUCUGAACCAUCAAUAAAUUCCUUACCAGCCUCUGUUGAGGAAGCUAAAAGGGAAAUUGAUAAAUGUUUGGCAGAGAUCUGGAGGCUUCCUGAGGAGGAGAGGCACAAAGCCAUCAAGAGACUGUACUUCAGGUGGCACCCUGACAAAAAUCCUGAUUGCCAGUCCCUCACCACUGAGGCAUUCAAAUAUAUACAGAAUCGAGUGGAUGAGCUCAGCAAACCCAAAGCUGCAGACUCGACCUUUUCAAGCAGAAAUACAAAUUUCAGAGGCUUCUAUGAACAGUGGAAUCAGGAGGCCAGGUAUCACAGAAAUAGUCGAGAGAGGUUCUCUAGAGGUUAUAGAGGUUUCCAUUCCUACAACUUCUGGACCCACAAUGAAAAUGUCCCAAGGCCAGACAGAGAAGAGGCCAGACGCUGGUGUAGACAGGCUCGCUGCGAUCUCAAUGCAGCUCACAAAGACACUGGUGGAGGGAGCACAGAGUGGUGUCUGUUUAAGGUCCAUCAAGCAGUGGAAAAGUCUCUCAUAGCAGCAUGCUAUAAAAGAAAUGGACAACGCCCCAACAGCAGCUCAAUUUCAGCCACUGCUGCACAAGUUUCCCGCUACAGCCCCCAACUGAGAGAUCUGCCUGAGAUUGUGAAAAACCUGCAGACACUCGGGGUGGAUCCCAAAAGGACUCAAUAUCCCAACUGCCAUCCAUAUCCCCACAUACCGAACGGACAAUUCAGAUCAGAGAAUGAAAUGCUGGCACUGAACAAGGCAUCUGAGCUCCUUAAUAAAAUAGAAGAAUAUGUGAAUUAAGGAUUUAAAACAAGGCAUUGGUCAGUGUAAUUGUUUUUCUAAAUGUUAAAAGGAUGAUAUCCACAGUGGAAAACUGAAAUAUUAUUUAGCAUCACAACCAAAAAGGAAUUUAAGUUGUAUUUUUUUUCUUUUGAGUAAUGAUCACUGAAUGAUGUUAGUAUGAAAUAUAAACAACAAAGGUUUUUGUGCACUUUCAUGAAUAUUUACUUAGGAAACAUGUAAUCACUGUAUGACUUUGUUUUGCUUUACUUUCAUUUUGAAGCUGCUCAUUUGUGAUAUUGAUAUAUUAUGUGUUUUGUUUUGUUUUGAAAAUGCGUAUAUCAAGUAUUUUUUUGUAUUCAACUUAGUUGGGAUUUUUGACUACUCUUUGGAGUAGGUCAUUGGACCGCUUCAUUGUUGUUUGGUAAAUACCUGCUGGGAAGCAAUAUACUUACUGUAAUAUAACAUUUAUGAAAAGGCAAAUGUGAAGACUACUUACUGAGUGAAGCUGCAACUACUGUGGAACACAGGUGUCGAACUCCAGGCCUCGAGGGCCGGUGUCCCGUAAGGUUUUGGAUGUGUUCUUGAUCCAUCACAGCUGAUUUAAAUGGCUAAAUUACCUCCUCAACAUGUCCUGAAGUUCUCCAGAAGCCUGGUAAUGAACUAAUCAUUUGAUUCAGGUGUGUUGAAACAGGAUGAUAUCUAAAACCUGCAGGACACCGGCCCUUGAGGCCUGGAGUUCGACACCCCUGCUGUAGAAGUUCUGUCUAAUGUAUUUAGAGAUAUUCUUACUUAUUUUUCUUACAUUUUAAACAAUUAUUACUAUUGUCAUCCAUAAGUUUUGGUGACAGAAGACACUCAGCAUGUAAUUUUGUUAUGUUAAGUGCAAAUGCAAAAGAAAUUGGCAGAAAUCUGUCACAACCUAUUAUUAUCAUUUAAUAAAAGUUUUCUUAUGAAAGAAAAGAAAUGGCAAUGCCUGUCAUAUUUCUAAAUAGGGGUCAAGGGUUAGCUAAUAUUACUAUAAUUAAGUAUAAGUGUAUAAGAAGUUUAAGAUUAUUACUCCAUUUCAUUCAUUUCAUACUUUCAUUCCUUGUUCAUUUACUGUAUAUU